CUUCCCAACUACCUACACAUAUCUUCAUCACAAUGGCUCAGAGUCGCACUGGAGUUUACGCCGCUGUUGCCGCCCUCGGUCUGGGUGGUUACUACCUCUACCGCGCCGGUGGUGACCCCAAGGCCGCUACGCAGGAGGUUAAGCACGAUGCCCACCUUGCCCGCUUGAACGCCCCCACGGGUAACCAGGCCGAGAAGGCCGGAGAGAAGGCCGGUUAUGAGGCUCGCUUGAACGUUGAUCAUGCGGUCGACUCCGCCCGCGCCGAGGCCAAGAACCAAGCCAGCCGCCUGGAGCAGAUCCGCCAGGACACCACCGCCGAGCUGAAGUCGGGCGCCGAGAAGAUCGAGUCCAAGGUCGAGGAGAAGGCCUCCGAGGCCAAGGGUGCCUUGUCGGGAUGGUUCGGCAAGAAAUAGACUUUUCUCUGGUUGCCUCGAGCAGACAGACCGACUGCUUCGAAACACAUUCGUGUGUGUGAGUGAGUUGAGUAGUUGUGUCUGAUGCCUCCUGGAAUAUCCUUCUUUCUGUCUUGUUGGGUCUCUUUUCCUCAUUUCACGGCGGGAGUUGAGUUGAUUCCUUUUGCGAUCUGUUUUUUGUUUUCGAAAAACCUCACGUUUGUGUUUCCUGAAGGAAGAAAAAGUGAGGGGAUUGCAUAUGUUUGGCUGGGCCUUGCGUGUGUGUUUCAUUUCUUUUUUUCUCUUGCUGUUAUCUGUGUCAUCGACGACGACGGAUGAUGGAUGAUGUUAUUUACCGUGAUGAUGGGUUCGAGGAGGUUUAUGAUUCAUACUAUACUCUAGUCGGUUCAAUAAUAUCUGAUUCCCAAC